GAAAUAAGUCUCGAUCGGAGAAGUGCGUCACAUAAAGUUUGCAACAUUAUUGUGUUUUCUCCAUUGCAAUUUGCUCUUUUGUGCUUUUAACUAUGAUAUGACAAAACUGGAACUUUACAACAGUAAUUUGUGAAGUUUAGUGAGUUAAAAUGGCUGGCAGUGGCAAAAGAAUUAUGCGAGGAUUUCUACCAUCCAUACUCGGAUAUCUUUUCUUACUUCACCUAGCAGAAUAUAUUCCGAGCGCGUCAGCCAAGGGCCAGUGCGUGUGGUACGGCGUCUGCUCCAAUGCCACCGAGUUCAAAAAGAAGAACUGCCUGUAUGAUGGACCUGCCAAGCCGGUUGAUGAAGGCUCUCGGUCCAUCCUAGAGAAAUACUGUCCGGACCUCGCCGCCGGAGGGCUGACCUGCUGCGACGGCGAUCAGCUCUCGAAUCUGAACAGCAAGAUCGUCCUCGCCGAGAACCUGAUAGCGAGAUGUCCGUCUUGCAUGAACAACUUCAUCAAGCACAUAUGUACAUUGACGUGCGCGCCGGAUCAGAGCAAUUAUCUGAAGCCGGUGAAGACUAGCCAGUUUAAUGCAACACAUAAGCGUAUCGACGAGAUUGACUAUCACCUCGGCGCUACGUAUAUGAACAACACUUUCACGUCAUGUUCCAACGUGCAAGUGCCUUCAUCGAACCAGGUGGCCUUCGACCUCAUGUGCGGCGGGUACGGCUCGCAGUUCUGCACGCCGCAGCGCUGGUUCGACACUAUGGGCGACGCCAGUUCGGCGUUUGUGCCCUUCCAGAUCAACUAUAUAAGUGGCGAUGAGCCCAGCGAUGGACUGAUGCCAUACAACCCCCCCACACUGCCGUGCAAUGUGGGCGUCAAUGGCCAGCCCGGGUGCUCGUGCCUGGACUGCGAGGCGGCGUGCCCGGCGCCGCCGCCGGCGCCCGCGCCGCCGCGCCCCUUCAGCAUCGCGGGCGCGGACGGGUACGCGGUCUGCAUGGCGAUCGUGUUCAUCAUAUUCACGUCGCUCUUCCUCGGCGGCGUCUACUGCUGCAACCAGCAGGAGAACAUUGUCGAGGCGUGGCGGUCGGUGGACCACGACGGACCGGAGACGAGCCCGCUACACACGCACAGAUCUAGCGUAGCAUCAGACGCGAACGCGGAGAUGUCGGGCGCGGGCGGGCCGCUGGAGCGCGCGGAGGGCGCGGCGGACGCGAGCUUCUUCGAGCGGCUCGGCGCCAAGACGGAGACCAUGCUGGAGGACUUCUUCCAGUGGUGGGGCACCAUCAUGGCCUCGAGGCCCUGGCUCGUGCUGUUUCUGGGUCUCUGCUUCAUCGUGGCUUUAGGGCACGGCAUCAAAUACAUGCAAGUGACAACGAACCCGGUCGAACUGUGGGCGGCUCCGAACUCCAGGUCUCGCCAAGAGAGAGAAUUCUUCGACUCUCACUUUGAGCCCUUCUAUAGAACGGAGAUGUUAAUAAUCACGGCAAAGGGUCUUCCGGAUAUAGAAUAUACAGCCGACGGCACCGUCAUGACCUUCGGUUCUGUGUUCAAUGCCACCUUCUUGCUGGAUGUACUGGACUUGCAGAAUAGGAUUAUGGCGCUCGGCAACGAGACCCGCAUAGAGGACAUCUGCUUCGCGCCGCUGUCGUCGCCGUUCGAGGGCCCGGUGAGCGCGCAGCAGUGCGCCGUCAUGUCGCCGCUCGCCUGGUGGGAGAACGACCCGGACAACAUCAACGACGCGCUCGACGGCAACGCCUACCUGGGCCAGGUCGUGCGCUGCUCCAGCAACCCGUACCAGUGCCUGGCGGAGUGGGGCGGGCCGGUGCUGCCGGGCGUGGCGCUGGGCGGCUUCCUGGCGCCCGGCGAGCCGCUCGGCAAGGCGUCGCGCUUCCACCGCGCCAGCGCGCUCAUCCUCACGCUGCUCGUCGACAACCGGCACGACCGCGACAAGCUGAAACCAGCGCUGCAAUGGGAGAAGGAAUUCAUAGAGUUCAUGAAGAACUACACCGAGAACGAGCUCGGUCAAGUCGGCCCCUCCAUGUUCCUCACGUCCGUGUCGGAGUCCGUGUGCUUCUUCCUGGGCGCGCUGAGCGACAUGCCGGCCGUGCGCGCGUUCGCGCUGUUCGACAUAUUCUGCUGCGUGUCGGGCACGAAGACGGACGCGGCGGCGGACGCGGGCGAGGGCGCGCUCUACAACGUGUUCAAGUACGCGUACGUGCCCUUCCUCAUGCGCCGCGAGGUGCGCGCCGCCGUCAUGGUCGUGUUCUUCGCCUGGCUCUGCUCCUCCGUUGCUGUUGCGCCGCACAUAGAGAUAGGCCUCGACCAGGAGCUCUCGAUGCCGCAGGACAGCUUCCAGCUCAAGUACUUCCAGUACCUCAACAAGUAUCUGAACAUCGGUCCGCCUGUCUACUUUGUGAUCACCGAGGGCCUGGACUAUUCAGACACGAACAUGCAGAACAUGGUCUGCGGGACGAGGUUCUGCAGGCCGGACAGUGUCGCCAUGCAGCUGUAUGCAGCGUCCCGCACACCGAACGCGACGUACAUAGCGCAGCCGCCGAACUCGUGGCUCGACGACUUCUUCGACUGGGCCGCACUCACGGAUUGCUGUAAAUACUUCCCGUCCAAUGACAGCUUCUGUCCGAGCAAGAAUGACGACCCGUGCGAGCCGUGCAACAUACAGCUGGUGGGCCCCGAGCGGCGGCCGUCGCCGGACGAGUUCCAGCGCUACGUGCCGUACUUCCUGCAGGACAACCCGUCCAGCACCGGCUGCGUCAAGGGCGGCCACGCGGCCUACGGACACGCGCUCAACUACCAGCUCAACAAGACGCGCGCCGUCGUGGGCGCCACCUACUUCCAGGGCUACCACACGGUGCUGAAGACGAGCCACGACUACUACUCCGCGCUGCGGGCGGCGCGCGGCAUCGCCGCCAACCUCACGGAGACGCUGAACGCGCAGCUGCGCGAGCUGGGCGCGGCGCGCGCGGUCAGCGUGUUCCCCUACUCCGUGUUCUACGUGUUCUACGAGCAGUACCUCACCAUGUGGCCCGACACGCUCAAGUCCAUGGGCAUCUCGGUGCUCUCCAUAUUCAUUGUGACCUUCGUGCUGAUGGGUUUCGAUCUGUUCUCCGCGCUGGUGGUCGUGAUAACAAUUACUAUGAUAGUGGUUAACCUCGGUGGUCUCAUGUACUGGUGGGGUAUCAGCCUUAACGCCGUGUCUCUUGUCAACUUGGUGAUGGCCGUGGGCAUCGCGGUCGAGUUCUGCUCCCACCUCGUGCACAGCUUCAGCGUGUCGCCCGGCGAGAGUCGCAUCGCUCGCGCUUCAGCCGCGCUCACGCGCAUGGGCUCCUCCGUGCUGUCCGGCAUCACGCUCACCAAGUUCGGCGGCAUCAUCGUGCUCGGCACCGCCAAGAGCCAGAUCUUCCAGGUGUUCUACUUCCGCAUGUACCUGGGCAUCGUGCUGUUCGGCGCGGCGCACGGCCUCAUCUUCCUGCCCGUCAUGCUCAGCUAUAUCGGCUCGCCGGUGAACAAGCAGAAGCUCGCCGAGCAGAUGCUGCGCGGCAAGGAGGCGGCCGUCGCGGAGACGUCGCUCACACGAGUAAGGGCGGGGCACACGGUGCAAACUGUGAGGCAGUAUAACUUUGACGCGCUCGCGUGAUAACGAGAGUGGACUAUGCGCGGCCGGCGGGUGGCUUGGGUGAAGGGUGUAGGGGGAAACGGGGGAUCCACGCAUCCCCCCGUUUCCCGGGGGGGUGACGGAGGGGGGGGGGUCGGUAGUUUAUUUCGUAGUCAGGAGUAGGUCAGGUUUCUUUUCGCUCUUCGGUAUUGAAAUAGUAAGAUUGUGUUGUUUAUUGUCACUUUUCAGUUAUGGCUGUUUUGUAAGGUGUAGUGCGGUUUUGUAAUUUUCAGUGAUAACAGUAUGUAGAGCUUAGCGAGUUUCGGUUAUUUUCAUUUAACGGUAAUGGAUGUGUUGGAGGGGAAAUUGGAAAAGUUUCGUUACUUUAAAUUUUCAGUAAUACUAUAUUCAAUACUUAUAGUUGCAAAUUUAGAUAUCAGUAUUUAAGGCGAUUGGAAGUAAUACGUGUUGUUCGGUAAUACGGUUAUAGGAUAUCUGAUAAUAGUGUUAAGUGACUUUUUCCUAACGUUUCAAUGGCUCUUUUUCAUACGAGUUUUUGAUCGCGUUCGUGAAUUUGAAAUAACUUUGUAGUGGUUUUUGAAUAUCGUAUUAAUAGGUUACUCCUUAAUUAGAUCCAAACGGCCUUAGUAGCAUUAAAUAAAUUUACAUUUCAAUUCGAUAGUGCUGCAUUAUAUCGAUAAGAUAAAUCAACACUUAAAUGCAACCGAGUUAAUUAAAUCUAUAUAAUUUCGAUACUUUUCUUCCUAUGAUUAUACCUCUUUCGUGAAUAUAUUUUUUUAUAGAUUUUUUGACGUGUCAUCCAAGUCACCCUGCGCGAUUAGUAUAUAUUCAGUAUAUUUUUGUAAUCAGUAUGUUUUAUUCCAUUUAUAAUGUUAAGUAUCGGUGUGUAAAACCUAGCCCAGUUCUUGUAAUGAACCAUAACCUUCUGGUAUCAUGUGCCGAGAGUCAGUUCACGGUUUAACCUAACUUCUGUAAUCGUAUGGAUUAUUGCUUUCAUAGGUUUAUAUCGGGGAGUUUUUUUUUUGUUUGGGACAUAUUGCGUAUUGAACUUUCGUGAACGCUUAGAUAUAAAUGUUGUCAUAACAUUAUUUAUUAUUAAUUUAAUUUAUCUUUAGUUUUACUUUAUUCGCUUUUAGUGUCAUUAAUAAAAAUUAUAAUCGUCACAAUUAUCGUACGUUUCGUUUAACGUAUUAACAACAUUAAUAUGCAUUUAAUUAUUCAAACAAUUUUUUUUUUUAAUAUUUUGUAAAUAGCAAUUUUAUUUGCAGUCCCUUAUAAUUACUUUCAUCGUAGCAAUGUACACAACACUAUUUCGAUACUUUAUCACAGCAUAACGUUUAUAAGAACUGGGCUUUUUAACACUUCGCUUUAUUUGUAGAUGUUGUACAAGUGAUGUGCAUCGUUCAGUCUCGUUAAAUUUAUCGAUGUAUUUUACACCGGUGUGGGGGUGGCUUUGCAUUCGAGUUAGCACACUGAUUUUUUUUUAGAUUUUUUGUAGUUUUUAAUGGGUAUUUUACGAUUUUUAUACAUAUAUCAAUUGUUUAAUAUUUAAUGAGAGAGAAAUGUAGGUUAGAACACACGAUUGUUGAUCCGUGUGCUAAGCUCGCAAUGCUUCACGGUCACUGUCCAGCCUAACCCACUUUGGACGUCGAUUGCAAACUAUCGUGCGUUUCACUUCGAUGUAUCGAUCCACUGCAAUCGAUGGCAUUCUAGUAUAACGGGCAUAAGGUCUCCUUCUAUUUAUUUAAAAGGCAUUUAUGUAAAGAAAUUCUCAAUUUGAAAUUUUAUCGACAUCUAUAAUUGAGAAUUGCUUCGGUUCUUAAUCUAACCACUGGUUGGUUGAAGGGUCGGUCUAUUUAGCUAAUUUAUUUUCAAUGCAUGUCACCAUUAUAGAAUUAUCGAUAGGCGUCAUUCCUAGUGUUUCGAAUUUAAUUAUUAUUUUUAUGUUUAUCGAUGUUUUAUUGGACGUCACUGCCUCGCCUCUGCACUGUACUUAUAUGUUGUACUUAUUGAAGUACUUAGCGCGGCAGACGUAUAUAAUGAAUAUUAAUAUUAUGAUCAAAUCGAAUAGUAUAGCUUGAACGCUAAUGCAUUGAGCACAAGGCUUUCCAUUGAUGAAAUCAUAAGAGCGUCGACGUAGUGAUGUGCGCACAUAACAACGUCGACGUUGCAGAUUAUCGAUAUAAUAUUAUAAUCAAUCCUUUUUAUAUUUAUUUCGUGUGCUUCAUGUGAAAAUGAGAAAUGUGUAAGUCGUUGUGUGUCGGUGUUAUUAUUAAAUAGAAUUAUUUGAAAGAAAUUGACUCUAGUAUGUUUAACAUUCCUAGUUAUCGUCGAGAGACUUGACGAGUCAAUGUCUUUGUGCUGUGGAUAUGUAGAUGUUAUAGACCUGCGAUGUACCGCUGCAAAUGAAUCUUAUCUAAAUAUUGCAAGUUUCAUUAAUUUUAAACGUAAUAAAUUUUCAAUUUAUUUCAUGUAAUUCUGCGUCUAUAGUUCCUUUGGUACAUCGCGGGUUGUGUUAAUUACGCUGUUAGGUUGCACAUUGUAUUUUUGUUUUUUUUGUUCCUUUGAUUUCUAUUUAUUUUUUUUUAUUGAACUAACAUGGGUCGCAUCGCUAACUAACCCAUGGUGUCGGUAGCAAUCGGAUGUUUACAAUACAGAAAUAAUAUUCUUACAGGUACGCCUUUAGACCUGGGAUGUAUGAACAAAUAUAUUUAUUGUAACAUUUUUCUGGACAAUUUUCGGUCUGUGUUUUAUUAUACUUGUGAUGUAUUCAUUGAGAUUAAACCCCUCUAUGUUCCUAUAAUGUCGAAUAGUAUUCUGAGAUACUGUCUAGAGAAGUUUUUUUUUUCUUUUUAUUCCGGAAUCUCUUACUUAAAUUUAGUACUUAAUUAGAGGGAACAAAUAUCCAAAGGUUAUGGUUAAUUGUAUACAAACUGACAACAUAAUUUUGUGAUAGAAAUAAAUUUUGUUUUUUUGAUUAUUA